AUGUGGCUCCAGCAAAGACUAAAGGGCCUACCAGGUCUGCUGUCAAGCAGCUGGGCUAGAAGAAUGCUAAUUGGACUGCUGUUUUUCCUCAUCUUCUACUGGUACCUUAGCUCAGACAGCGCUUUGAGGUUGUUCAGUGGCUCAAGCCAGUCGGACGGGCUGGCUGGACAAUGCCUCCAGACUGAGAUCCACAGGUGGAAGUCACUGGUGGACCGGGGCGAGGGAAUAUACACUACUCCCCAGGAGAAAGCGGUCACGCCUUUUGUCUCCGGUAACGGCCAUUUCCUGGUGGACAUUGACUCCAACAGACUGUGGGUGGCCUCGUCCUCCCAGCCCGGCUCGGCCCCCGUCUACCAGACUGAGUACUCACCCAUAGUGGGCGUCCAUGUCCCCGGGAAGCUGGCCGAGGCGCGGGCCACCAUGCUCUGGUUCCGCAAAGGGGCUGUCCUGUCCGUCCGCUGCGUCCUCCCAGGGGGAGUCGGCAGCUCCGGGUCAGCCCGUGACUGCCUCACCGUCCGAGAGGAGUUCAUCGCCCACCGCAGCCGGCCCAACGUCUUCCUCCAGAGGAUCCACGUCAACAACCCCUCUGAGCGGGCCGCCACCCUGGAGGUGUCCACCGAAACGCCCUUGUUCGGGAGCAAGUUCUCAGCCAGUGUGGAGAAGGUGGAGGACAAGGAGGUGGUGCUGUCGUCGGGCCGCGUGGUUCUGCCGGAGAAGAAGCAGAUAGUGGUGGUGGUGGUGGCCACCAAUAAGCUGGGCAGCCGCAUCCAGGUGGCUGCCAAGUCAGAGUUUGCAGAGAGUGUGCUGUCGGUGGUGUGGAUGUCGGAGCCCAUCGAGUCGGCCAAGCUGGAGGAGACCUUCACCAGGCUCCGAGACGGGGCCAAGAAAGAGCUGGGAGAGCUGCUGAGGGCCAACGUAGAAGAUCUGGUCCAGGACCACCAACAGGCCUGGAUGGACCUCUUCAUCUCUGGUGAGUAAAUGCAAAGUCAAGGCUGAGAUGCCAGUUUUCUCAUAGACUGUACAGGAUGAAACAAUUCAUGGAUGGUAUUGAGAGAACCCAGUAUCUAAAAAAUACUUGCAUGCUACCUGAUCAUGAUGAAUGACUAGGCUAAUGAAUGAUGUAGUUCUAUAUCAAAUUACUAUAGAGCUGGGCGAUAUGGACAAAAAUCCAUAUCGCGAUAAAUCAACGAAUUGUUUUUCGAUGCGAUACAUUAAGAAACAUUAUUUUGGAUGGAGGUGCUAGAGCUGGGUGAAAUGGACAAAAAGUCACAUCACAAAUGUUAAUAUUUUGCUCGAUAACAACAAAUACAACAAUAUUUGUUUAUUUUUAUGGACAUUUACAGGGCUCUAGACAUUUUUUUUUCCAGUGCCAAGAAAGAUGACUGAGAUGGUAGCCUAUGAUAUAAAAAAAAGGUCUGCUGAACUUAACAAAAAUAUAAACACAACAUGUAAAGUGUUGGUCCCAUGUUUUAUGAGCUGAAAUAAAAGUUAUCAGAAAUUUUCUAUAUUCACAAAAAGCUUAUUUCUCUAAAAUGUUGUGCACAAAUUUGUUUACAUCCCUGUUAGUGAGCAUUUCUUCUUUGCCAAGAUAAUCCAUCCACCUGAGAAGUGUGGCCAUAUCAAGAAGCUGAUUAAACAGCAUGAUCAUUAUACAGGUGCACCUUGUGCUGGGGACAAUUAAAGUUCACUCUAAAAUGUGCAGUUUUGUCACACAACACAAUGCCACAGAUGUCUCAAUUUUUGAGGGAGCGUGCAGUUGGCAUGCUGACUGCAUGAAUGUCCACCAGAGCUGUUGCCAGAGAAUUGAAUGUUUAUUUCUCUACCAUAAGCCGCCUCCAACAUCGUUUUAGAUAAUUUGCCAGUACAUCCAACCGGCCUCACAACCACAGACCACGUGUAUGGCGGCGUGUGGGCGAGCGGCUUGCUGAUGUCAACGUUGUGAACAGAGCAUCCCAUGGUGGUGGUGGGGUUAUGGUAUGGGCAGGCAUAAGCUACAGACAACGAACACAAUUUGGUGGGGUUAUGGUAUGGGCAGGCAUAAGCUACAGACAACGAACACAAUUGCAUUUUAUCGAUGGCAAUUUGAAUGCACAGAGAUACCAUGACGAGAACCUGAGACCCGUUGUCGUGCCAUUUGUCUGCCGCCAUCACCUCAUGUUUCAGCAUGAUAAUGCACGGCACCACGUCGCAAGGAUCUGUGCACAAUUCCUGGAAGCUGAAAAUGUCCCAGUUUUUCCAUGACCUGCAUACUCACCAGACACAUCACCCAUUGAGUAUGUUUGGGAUGCUCUGGAUCAACGUGUACGACACGUUUUUUUUGCACAGCCAUUGAAGAGGAGUGGGACAACAUUCAACAGACUGAUCAACUCUAUGGGAAGGAGAUGUGUCGCGAUGCGUGAGGCAAAUGGUGGUCACACCAGAUACUGACUGGUUUUCAGAUUCAUUGCCCUACCUUUUUUUUAAAGGUAUCUGUGACCAACAGAUGCAUAUCUGUAUUCCCAGUUAUGUGAAAUCCAUAGAUUAGGGCCUAAUAAAUGUACACUGCUCAAAAAAAUUAAGGUAACACUUAAACAACACAAUGUAACUCCAAGUCAAUCACACUUCUGUGAAAUCAAACUGUCCACUUAGGAAGCAACACUGAUUGACAAUAAAUUUCACAUGCUGUUGUGCAAAUGGAAUAGACAACAGGUGGAAAUUAUAGGCAAUUAGCAAGACACCCCCAAUAAAGAAGUGGUUCUGCAGGUGGUGACCACAGACCACUUCUCAGUUCCUAUGCUUCCUGGCUGAUGUUUUGGUCACUUUUGAAUGCUGGCGGUGCUUUCACUCUAGUGGUAGCAUGAGACGGAGUCUAUAACCCACACAAGUGGCUCAGGUAGUGCAGCUCAUCCAGGAUGGCACAUCAAUGCGAGCUGUGGCAAGAAGGUUUGCUGUGUCUGUCAGCGUAGUGUCCAGAGCAUGGAGGCGCUACCAGGAGACAGGCCAGUACAUCAGGAGACGUGGAGGAGGCCGUAGGAGGGCAACAACCCAGCAGCAGGACCGCUACCUCCGCCUUUGUGCAAGGAGGAGCAGGAGGAGCACUGCCAGAGCCCUGCAAAAUGACCUCCAGCAGGCCACAAAUGUGCAUGUGUCUGCUCAAACGGUCAGAAACAGACUCCAUGAGGGUGGUAUGAGUGCCCGACGUCCACAGGUGGGGGUUGUGCUUACAGCCCAACACCGUGCAGGACGUUUGGCAUUUGCCAGAGAACACCAAGAUUGGCAAAUUCGCCACUGGCGCCCUGUGCUCUUCACAGAUAAAAGCAGGUUCACACUGAGCACAUGUGACAGACAUGACAGAGUCUGGAGACGCCGUGGAGAACGUUCUGCUGCCUGCAACAUCCUCCAGCAUGACCGGUUUGGCGGUGGGUCAGUCAUGGUGUGGGGUGGCAUUUCUUUGGGGGGCCGCACAGCCCUCCAUUUGCUCGCCAGAGGUAGCCUGACUGCCAUUAGGUACCGAGAUGAGAUCCUCAGACCCCUUGUGAGACCAUAUGCUGGUGCGGUUGGCCCUUGGUUCCUCCUAAUGCAAGACAAUGCUAGACCUCAUGUGGCUGGAGUGUGUCAGCAGUUCCUGCAAGAGGAAGGCAUUGAUGCUAUGGACUGGCCCGCCCGUUCCCCAGACCUGAAUCCAAUUGAGCACAUCUGGGACAUCAUGUCUCGCUCCAUCCACCAACGCCACAUUGCACCACAGACUGUCCAGGAGUUGGCGGAUGCUUUAGUCCAGGUCUGGGAGGAGAUCCCUCAGGAGACCAUCCGCCACCUCAUCAGGAGCAUGCCCAGGCGUUGUAGGGAGGUCAUACAGGCACGUGGAGGCCACACACACUACUGAGCCUCAUUUUGACUUGUUUUAAGGACAUUACAUCAAAGUUGGAUCAGCCUGUAGUGUGGUUUUCCACUUUAAUUUUGAGGGUGACUCCAAAUCCAGACCUCCAUGGGUUGAUACAUUUGAUUUCCAUUGAUAAUUUUUGUGUGAUUUUGUUGUCAGCACAUUCAACUAUGUAAAGAAUUAUUUCAUUCAUUCAGAUCUAGGAUGUGUUGUUUAAGUGUUCCCUUUAUUUUUUUGAGGCAGUGUAUAUAUAUUUCAUAUAACAUAUCCAGGAAAUGCAUGAUUUGAUAUUUUGAUGUUCAACCUGUCAAAAUAUGAUCCAGAAUUAUCAGAGAUUUAUUUCAGGCUCUUCAGAGAAUUUGGCGACAUCUUUGUGCGAAUUGGCCUAUAGGCUAUAUUAUUCACUACCUGAGGAAGUGGGAACUCAAAACACUUAGCUAGAUUGCUAACUCUAAAUAUUAUGUUGUUGCUAGAUAGCCAUGUAGGCUAAUUAAUUAAUAUAUCAUAGGGAUGUAAUGAUUCAUCGAUACGCAUCGGUCCCCGAUUGAAAUGUUUAAGAAACAAGUGCGUCAUCCACGGACCCCAAACCGAUCCAAAUGUAGCAUGCAUCACAAUUGUUCACAAUUACAUUCUUUCUACCUCAUCUUUUGUGACAACUGAUGCAUCCUCUCCUUCAGUGUCGAACUGCAUCGAACUGUGUUGACAGGCAUUGAUCUACAAGUCAUUUUGCAUGCUGAAAAACCCCAGGCAAUAUCAGUAGCCUAGUCAAACAGCGCACUCUGCCCAGCUUCGCAAGCUGACCAACGCGAGGUAGGCGGCCUGAUCUUACGCACCUGAGCGGCACCUUCAGCAUUCAAAUGGUAAAAUGGCUUGCGUGAUAUUAGGCUUUAUUAGUUGAGUGACAACCUAUGUAAUUUCAUAGGUUAUUGUUAACUAUGGGCUGUUGAAAAUUGUAUUUUACCGGUGUUAGGUUCUGAACAAACUGAGUAAAAACUCAAAUGGACAACUAGAAAAAGCUCCAACCAAGUUUGUUCACCCACUGAGGUCACACAGCGGCAAAUACAAGGCAUGAUUACACAAGCACAUCUAUUUAUAACCUUCUAAUAGGUAGGGUCAACUCCUUACACAUCUAGACAAACAAUACAUCUCUGUUGCUAGGCAGGAAUUGAAUUGGUUCCUCUCACUGGUGUAGUCACAGCCCUGCCUGUUACUGAAACCUUGGUGGGCGUGUAUGUGUUAGAUAGGAGUGUAGUAGGAGAGUCAUUGUGGUUUCUUCUCCGAGGUUUCUUCUCACUUCAUCUGUUGAUUUGACCUCGAGACGCUUUCCUCGCUCCUCCCUCGUUCCGCAGCCAGCCUGCCUUAUCAGAGACUAACAACUGCCCUUCGCCUCCCUCCUUAGAAACAUUGAACUGAAUAUGUACUCUCAGUAACUUUCCAUAUACCUAGUUCCCAUCUACCCUUCAUUGACCCCAACAUAUACAUUCCUUAUACAUGUAAAGUAAUUAAUGAGUUCUAGUAUGAUAACAUGAAUAAGUACCUUUUCAAGCUAGAAACACCGGAAUAAAAGUAAGCUACUGGAGACACAGCUCUCAUCUGGUCAAAUCUGCUGAAUGGGGCUUACAAUAGAUUUAGGUUUACCACCAACAAUAGUUUUGGUAGUUUUGCUUGAAACAAUAUAUGGUCAUUUGUAGAUAUACAGGGUAAAGUUGAAAAUGUCAUAACGAGGACAGAAAUCACUUUUGCAAUGUGCACUGCAUGGCCAAAAAGGAGAAGAGAAGAUCACUCCGUAAAAACUUCCAAACGUUCAAAACCAUUCGAUUUUGAGAUGGGGGGGGUGAAAUCCAAAAUUGUGCUAUAUUCAUUGGCUAUGUCAUAGCUAAUUUGUAAACAAUAAAUAUUGAUACAUUACUAGCUAACACUUAAUCUGCAAAAUGACAAGUUAAUUAGUGGGUGAUGGUAAUUUCAGAACCAAAGUGGGGGGACAAAAACCAUAGGCUACAAUCUGAUAGUGUUAGUGGGGCGGUCUCCCUUAAGGGGCCUACAUAGUACAUACAUCAUUUACACACGUCAGCUCAGAGAGGCCCAGCUCAUGAGCUCCAUCAUCAGCAGAUUUUAAUUUAGAAUGGAAAAUGAAUGUGUUUAUGCAACAAAUGGUAGUGCAUCGAAUCGUAUUGCAUCGAACCGAAUUGCAUCGAUUCGUUCUCUAAUCAAACCAAAUCGCACUGACUCGUUUUAACUAAAACAUAUUGUUCCUGUAACGGAACGGAGCCCAUUUAUCUAGAUGCGUAUCGAAUCAUCUAGAAAAGGAAAGAUUCUCAUCCCUAAUAUAUCAGUAAAUCUAGGCUAAUGUCCUACAAAAACUUUCCAGCGCUAGGCCUAGGCUACAUCAAAACCAUACUAACUACAGCCUACUCCGGUUGUAAAGUGGUGCCAUGAACUCAAUAUUAAGAGGUGAGAAAUGCAUUCUAUACUCAUUACUCGCAGAAAGCUGUGACUCUGUAACUAGAAAAAUAGUCGUCGCUUUGAAAACUGUAUUUUUCCCGUAGUAGCAUUUUGAGCAACGGUCAUAUGCUUGUGCUUCUCAGAAUGCAUUUCUCCCUCCUCUAUGCCCACAGUGGGGAGAGGGAGUGAGUCAGCAGCCGACAGCGAAACAGGGACCGGCAGAUACUUUCAUAGCAGGAAUCAACAUAAUGCAUAGGCUAUUACUGUUUUGAUUUGUCUUGCGUUGUUGGUGGUAGGUGCACUUGAUUCAUAAGCCCUGCACACUGGGUAGUGUUCCCAUUUUGAACCAUUUCAUUUGUCUGAAGGGACAAACUCCGCCUACCCGGCAGACCAGGAGAGUUGUGGCUAAAUCAAGUGCGUCUCCUGCGCUGGCCAAUCAGAUAGCUCAAAUCACUGUGCCUACAGCUUCCACGACCCUACAGGCACAGCCAAGGUUGAUACUAGCCUACGUGAGUUUUCAUAACUUUUAAAACCAUGACCAGAGAGAGACUGUCAAAGAAUACAGCAAAGAGCUGCUAUUUUUAUAAGUUUACGUUUUUAUUCAGCACUGCUGCUCUCUCCCUCCGCUGAGACUGAGCAGGUACCCAUCAGUCCAGUGAAAUAAAAAAGCAAAUUAUUACCAUUUAUGCUUAGCUGUGCCUCGCAAGUGAUAUAACAACUGAUCUGUUUUGUUAUCAAAGCUUGAGUUUUGAAAUAUAAUAUGGUCUGAGAAGAGCAAUAUUGGCAGGCCAGGCAUAUAGCCAAUAUGCUGUAAUAAUCUAUUAGGCCUACUGCCCAAACCUCAUUCCUACAGAACUGUUUUAUUCAGUUAAUGUUGCAUUGGCUUACAUUCCUUAAGUCACAAGAAAAUCAGAGUGGUAGAUCUUUGCUUGCUUUUUGACUGCGAAAGUGAUCUUGACUCAAAGGUUGGUGACUAGUGAGCUACAGGAACGUUGUGUAGCAAAAUCACCCAAACAUUCAGAUGUAAGCAAACUGCUUCAGUAAGAGGAAGGCAAUCUCUGUUUAUUUGGAUCCCCUAGGCAGCAGCUAUUCUUCCUGGAGUCCACAAAAAACACAACAUGACAAGUAACAAAACACUGAUACACUGAUAGACAAGGACAGUCACACAAAUUUUAAAUACAACGAUAUACAAACAAUACAACAAAAAAUAAUACAAUCAAUACAACUAAAACGAUUGUGUUAGUGUGUCUGUGUGCGCGUGCGUUUUUGUUUCUCUGUGUGUAUCCCCUUCACAGUCCCCAUCAGUUCCAUGAGAUGUUAAGAAGUGUCGGUACUUUUCGGGUUGAUCGUCCCAGCUUUACUAUGUUGACCUAUUCUGUUCCCACAUCUACUGUGUGUUUCUCCUGCAGGGGUGGAGAUGCGUAAGAUCACCGACGCACACACGCCGUCCAGCGCCACGGUCAACACCACGCUCUACUACGUCCUCUCGGCCUCGCCGGCGCCCCUGCUGGACCGCCGACUUGGCACUGAGGAGCGUGCCCGUCUGGAGUCCAGCCUCAACUACGCCGACCACUGCUUCAGCGGGCAUGCCACAAUGCACGCUGAGAACCUGUGGCCGGAGCGGGUCAGCAGUGUGGCCCAAGUCCUGCAGCUGGUCAACCUGUGGACCCUCACUCUGCAGAAGAGGGGCUGCAAGGUGCUGGUGGCGGCAGGCGCCCAUGGAGUUAUGCAGGGUGCCGUGCUCAGCUUCGGAGGCCUCUCGUUCAACGAAAACCACCUGCAGUUCCAGGCGGACCCGGACGUGCUGCACAACAGCUACGCGCUGCGUGGAAUCCACUACAACCAGGACCUGAUCAACCUGGCCGUGCUCCUGGACCUCGAGGGCAAACCCUUCCUGCACGUGUCAGUCAAGCCCCAGGAGAAGUCUGUGGCGCUGUACGCCUGCGAGGCGGGCUGCCUCAACGAGCCUGUCGAGCUGACGUCGUCGCUGGUGGAGGCCAAGGGCCACGUGUUCCCAGUGAUGGUGACACAGCCCAUCACGCCGCUGCUCUACAUCUCCACGGACCUGCGCCACCUGCAGGACCUGCGGCACACGCUGCACCUCAAGGCCAUCCUGGCGCAUGAGGAGCACAUGGCCAAGCAGUACCCCGGCCUGCCCUUCCUCUUCUGGUUCAGCGUGGCCUCGCUCGUCACCCUCUUCCACCUCUUUCUCUUCAAGCUCAUCUACAACGAGUACUGCGGCCCCGGCGCCAAGCCUCUCUUCAGGAGCAAGGUAUAA